UCGACAAGGGAAAGGAUAACCCAUUUUCAGUCGGACCUACAAAUCAUUUGCAGAAAACAAUUGUAAUCGAUCAUGAUGACGAGAGCAUUCCCAGCGUCUGCCGAAAAAGAUGAUCAGAUCGUCCUUGUAACAUAAACAGCAUCGAAACCUCUCUAAUUCACCGUUCAGAAACCCUAACUUCUCAAAUUUUCCUCCUCCAAUGUCAAACGUCUCUGUCGCGGCUGAAUGGCAACUCCUAACAGACCGGUAUUACAGAAAACCCGAACUCUACCCAAUGCGAUGGAAACACAUAGACUUAAGCCGUAAUAAAGUAGCCUGCGCACCCUUCGGCGGUCCAAUCGCUUUAAUUCGUGACGAUUCCAAAAUCGUCCAGCUCCACGCCGAAUCCGCCCUCCGAAAACUCCGAAUUUUUAACUCCGCUGGUGUUCUCCUCUCUGAAACAGUCUGGAAACACCCAGGCGGCCGAUUGAUCGGAAUGUCAUGGACCGAAGACCAAACCCUAAUUUGCAUAGUCCAGGACGGCACGAUCUACCGUUACAACGUCCACGGCGAGUGUCUAGAACCUAAUUUCUCCAUGGGAAAAGAUUGCUUUGAACAGAAUGUGGUGGAUUGUGUGUUUUGGGGGAACGGUGUCGUGUGCUUGACGGAAGCUGGGAAGUUAUUCUGUGUUCCUGAUUUUAAGGAGAUUAAGCCUUGCAAGCUCGCAGAAAUAGGGGUUGGCGUUGAGGAAUUGCCACAUUGUAUGGCGGUUAUAGAACCGCAGUAUACAGUUUCGGGUAAUGUGGAGGUUUUGUUAGGAGUAGGAAGUGGAUUUGUGAUUGUUGAUGAGGAUGAGGUGAGGUUCAUUGAUGAGGAAAUAGUUGGUGGUGCCGUGCAGAAAAUUGCUGUUUCCCACAACGGGAGGUUUUUAGCGUGUUUUAUGCAUGAUGGGAGAUUUCUUGUUAUGAAUACUGAGUUUAUAAAUUUUACUAAUUAUCAAUGUGAGUCUGCGCUUCCACCGGAGCAGAUGGCUUGGUGUGGAUUGGAUAGUGUGUUGCUUUAUUGGGAUGAUGUGCUUUUGAUGGUAGGACCUUCUGGGGAUUCUGUAUCAUAUUUUAAUGAUGAACCUGUAAUUUUUAUCCCUGAGUGUGAUGGAGUGAGGGUAUUGUCAAAUACGAGUAUGGAGUUUGUACAACGGGUGCCUGAUUCUACCGUGUCUAUAUUUAAGAUAGGAAGCACGUCUCCUGCAUCAUUGUUGUUUGAUGCUUUGGAUCAUUUUGAUAGGCGAAGUGCUAAGGCUGAUGAGAAUUUGAGAUUGAUACGCUCAUCUUUGCCUGAGGCUGUUGAAGCAUGUAUUGAUGCUGCGGGUCAUGAAUUUGAUGUUUCCCGUCAGCGGACGCUGCUAAGAGCUGCGAGCUAUGGUCAAGCCUUUUGCAGCAAUUUUAAACGUGACCACAUUCAAGAGAUGUGCAAAACUUUGCGCGUCUUAAACGCCGUACGUGACCCUGAGAUUGGCAUCCCUCUAAGUAUCGAGCAGUAUAAGUUGCUUUCCGCACCCGUUCUGGUUGGUCGUUUGAUUAACGCUCACCAACAUCUUCUUGCACUGCGGAUAUCAGAAUACGUAGGAUUGAAUCAAGAAGUAGUAGUAAUGCACUGGGCAUGCGCAAAAAUAACAGCUUCAUUAGCAAUUCCUGAUGCAGCCCUCCUUGAAAUCUUACUUGAUAAGCUGAAAUUAUGCAAGGGCAUGUCCUAUGCAGCUGUUGCUGCUCAUGCAGAUAGGAGUGGCCGCCGGAAGUUGGCUGCAAUGCUUGUUGAUCAUGAACCACACUCCUCAAAACAGGUUCCUCUAUUGUUAAGUAUUGCGGAGGAAGAAACAGCUCUAGUGAAGGCAACUGAAAGUGGUGACACUGACCUUGUUUAUCUUGUCCUAUUUCAUAUCUGGCAAAAGAGUUCAGCCUUGGAGUUUUUUGGAACAAUACAAGCCAGAGCCCUUGCUCGUGAUUUAUUCAUAGCUUAUGCACGGUAUUAUAAACAUGAAUUCUUGAAGGACUUCUUCCUAUCAACAGGACAACUUAAAGAGGUGGCUCUUCUCCUAUGGAAAGAAUCAUGGGAAAUAGGGAAAAAUUCAAUGGCCAGUAAAGGAUCCCCGCUUCAUGGUCCACGCAUAAAACUCAUUGAAAAGGCCCACAAUCUUUUUUCUGAGACCAAGGAACAUAACUUUGAGUCAAAAGCUGCUGAAGAACAUGCAAAGUUACUGAGAAUUCAACAUGAGUUAGAAGUCUCUACAAAACAGCCCAUUUUUGUUGAUUCAAGCAUCAGUGAUACAAUUCGAACAUGUAUUGCAUUGGGAAACCAUAGAGCUGCUAUGAAAGUGAAAACAGAGUUUAAGGUUUCUGAGAAGAGAUGGUAUUGGCUUAAAGUUUUUGCUUUGGCAACAAUUAGAGACUGGGAUGCUCUAGAAAAAUUUUCGAAGGAGAAGAGACCACCAAAUGGUUUCAGGCCAUUUGUGGAGGCAUGCAUUGAUGCGGCUGAGAAAGGUGAAGCUCUGAAAUAUAUCCCAAAACUUGCAGAUCCCAGAGAAAGAGCUGAGGCAUAUGCUCGGAUUGGCAUGGCCAAGGAAGCUGCCGAUGCUGCUUCUCAGGCAAAAGAUGGUGAAUUGCUUGGUCGAUUGAAAUUGAGUUUUGCACAAAAUACAGCUGCUUCAUCAAUUUUUGACACUCUACGAGAUCGAUUGUCCUUCCAAGGAGUUUCAUAGUGACCUGAAGCUUCAUAUUCCUUUUCUUCACCUUUGAGUUUUGAGCCUGUUGUAUGUGUGGUGUGCAUAUUCUCUCUUCCAUGUAGAUUUAUAUGAGCUAUCCCUACAGUGUGUUCAUACAGUUGAUGCCAUAGAAAUUAGCUUCAUCGAGUUUUUGCUUGUGACCUUUUAUUUUGUUCAAGGGUGCAUUAUUUCCCUUGCAGUUUUCAUUCUUUAGAACGUUUUCCAAAUUAUUAAUGAAUUAACUUUAACUAUAA